GGGGGCGGCGCCAGGCUGCGGGUCCUCAGCCUGGAAAGGCCGAGCGGCUGGCCUCGGCGCCGACUGCGGAGCAGAGAGGUUGGAGGGGUGGUCAUGAUCAGCGCCCUGGUUCGCAUCCUCUCUUUGCUGCUGGCGCCGCUGCUGCUGGGUUCUGCGCACGGCUUGCGCAAUGACUCCAGGAGGACUUUUGAGAUUGACUACAACAAGGACCGCUUCCUCAAGGAUGGCCAGCCAUUCCGCUACAUCUCAGGGAGCAUCCACUACUUCCGGGUACCCCGCUUCUACUGGAAGGACCGACUGCUUAAGAUGAAGAUGGCUGGGCUGAAUGCCAUCCAGACGUAUGUGCCCUGGAACUUUCAUGAGCCCCAGCCAGGACAGUACCAGUUUUCUGAGGACCAUGAUGUGGAAUAUUUCAUUAAACUGGCUCAUGAGCUGGGACUGCUUGUCAUACUGAGGCCUGGGCCCUACAUCUGUGCAGAGUGGGACAUGGGAGGAUUACCUGCUUGGUUAUUAGAGAAAGAAUCUAUUGUUCUUCGCUCUUCUGACCCAGAUUACCUGGCAGCCGUGGAUAAGUGGUUGGGAGUCCUUCUGCCUAAGAUGAGACCACUCCUCUAUCAGAAUGGAGGGCCGAUUAUAACAGUGCAGGUUGAAAAUGAAUAUGGCUCCUACUUUGCCUGUGAUUUUGACUACAUGCGUUUCCUGCAGAAGCGCUUCCGCUACCAUCUCGGUAACGAUGUGCUUCUGUUCACCACUGAUGGGGCACUUAAAAAGUUCCUGAAGUGUGGGACCCUGCAGGGCCUCUAUGCCACAGUGGACUUUGGAACAGGUGGCAACGUCACAGCCGAUUUCCAAACUCAGAGGAAAGUGGAGCCCAAAGGACCCUUGGUCAAUUCUGAAUUCUAUACUGGCUGGUUAGACCAUUGGGGUAAGCCUCACUCCACGGUCAAGACGGAAGUCCUGGCUUCCUCCCUCUACGAUAUACUGACCCGUGGGGCAAGUGUGAACUUGUACAUGUUUAUAGGUGGGACCAAUUUUGCCUAUUGGAAUGGGGCCAACACACCCUAUUCACCACAGCCUACCAGCUACGACUAUGAUGCCCCACUGAGUGAGGCAGGGGACCUCACUGAGAAGUAUUUUGUUCUGCGAAAGGUUAUCCAAAUGUUUGAAGAUGUACCCGAAGGUCCGAUCCCUCCAUCCACACCAAAGUUCGCCUAUGGAAAAGUUGCUCUGAAAAAGUUAAAAACAGUGGAGGCAGCUCUGGACAUCUUGUGUCCUGGUGGACCCAUAGAAAGCCUUUAUCCCUUGACAUUUACGCAGGUGAAACAGUAUUUUGGGUUCGUGCUGUACCGAACAACACUCCCCCAAGACUGUAGCGACUCGUCCCUCUACGCUCCCAAUGAUGGAGUCCACGAUCGGGCCUAUGUCUCAGUGAAUGGGGUCCCCCAAGGAAUCCUUGAGCGAAACAGUAUGAUCCCUCUGAAUAUAACAGGGAAAGCUGGAGCCACCCUGGACCUCCUGGUGGAGAACAUGGGGCGUGUGAACUACGGCAGAUAUAUCAACGAUUCUAAGGGUUUGGUUUCUAACCUGACCCUCAACUCCAGUAUCCUCACAAACUGGACAAUCUUCCCGCUGGACACCGAGGAUGCAGUGCGCAGCCGCCUGGGGGCCUGGGGUGACCAGGGCGCUGGCUGCCACAACAAGGACUGCGCUGACAGUUCGUCCAACUACACGCUGCCAGCCUUUUAUGUGGGCAACUUUUCCAUCCCCAGCGGCAUCCCUGACUUGCCCCAGGACACCUUCAUCCAGUUUUCUGGAUGGACCAAGGGGCAGGUGUGGAUUAACGGCUUUAACCUUGGCCGCUAUUGGCCAGCCCAGGGCCCCCAGAUGACCUUGUUUGUGCCACAGCACAUCCUAACGACCUCGGCCCCAAACAACAUCACGGUGCUGGAACUGGAGCGUGCGCCCUGCAGCACCCAUGGCUGGGAAAUGUGUACCGUGGAGCUGGUGGACAAGCCUAUUAUCAACAGAUCUGUGACCCACGAUGGUGACUUCCCACAAUAGCUUAGUCAGGACGCGUGGCCAAACUAUGAAUGAGGAUGGUGACUCUUUGGGGUCCGGUCCCGCACAGACCUCGGAUCUCCCAGUUAUACUGACAUUCUCGGGAGAGUUAAUUUAGAAAAUGAACUGGGGGGGCGGGUGUUCACUGAGGUUUCCUUGCAGCCCUGCCGUGUCUGUCCCCCACCCUCAGGGGCCACCUUGAAUGUGUGAGGGGGGAGACAGCAGUGAUACCCAGAUGAGUCUACAGAGUCGGAGUGGAAGCAUUAGAAGUGUUCCUGAUUUUGAUUUUAAUUUUAAUGAAGAAUCAUGUUGUCUUUUUGCUAAAUAAAAUUUGUACUGAAACAUGA